CCAAAGCUUCAAACAAGAUUCAAAAUUCUGUACACACAAAACCAUCCUCUUCCAUUCACAAGAUCUUUGCUUUCGGUUCUCUCUUCACUCGCCAAGAAUGGAAAUCUGAUAAUUUUGACUGUGAUGUUUCCUCUCCCAGUCCAGAAGGUUGAUGAAAGAGGAGUAAGGUGGUUUUACACUGGUGACAUAGGGAGAUUUCAUCUGGAUGGUUGCCUUGAGAUCAUUGAUCGAAAAAAGGACAUAGUUAAACUGCAGCAUGGAGAAUAUGUGUCCUUGGGAAAGGUUGAGGCAGCUCUUCUUGGAAGCCCCUUUGUGGACAACAUCAUGGUGCAUGCUGAUCCUUUUCAUAGUUAUUGUGUGGCACUUGUGGCAGUUCAUCAUCCCAAAUUGGAGGAUUGGGUUUCAAAGCAUGGAAUUGCUUAUUCUGAUUUUUCAGAACUGUGCAGCAAAGAUGAAACUGUGAAAGAGGUGCAUGCAUCACUUGUAAAGGAAGCAAAAAAGGCACGUUUGGAGAAAUUUGAGAUUCCUGCAAAAAUCAAAGUGCUUUCUGACCCAUGGACUCCUGAGACUGGCCUUGUUACUGCAGCUCUGAAGCUCAAGAGAGAUAUCAUUAGAAAGACUUUUCAAGAAGACCUUGCAAAGUUAUACGCUUGAUCCGUUUGCUCAUUCCAGCAAAACUAAGCUACUUCAAAACAAUUUUCCUCUGGGAGGGUGUAGUAGUUUUAUUUUAAUUUUUUUUUUCCAUUUUAAAAUUUAUUUUAUUGCGCAUAGCGUGAGGCGAAUUAGGAGUAGAAUGUCAAAAUGUUGAAUAAUGAGUUUGCGUCCAUAGUGGUGAUCUUUAUCGAACCUAUCCUAUGUUUUAUCAAUUAUUCCAUCAUUUAUUUGUCUCCUCUGAA